AUGCACGCGUUCGGACUAAUCCUCGUUGUUGGCGGAUGUUUGUUGACGGUUGCCGCAGCCGUCGUCUACGAAGGUUCGGUGUCGCUUUUGAACCCCACCUCGGGUCCAGUGCCACAAGCUUCUCCGGACGCUUCUUCGCAGAGUCCUUAUGUAAAUACCGAAGAGCUGAUUCAGCAAUCUGCACGUCAGAUCGAGGAAGCAAUUGAAAAGUCCGAGCGGAAGGAGCCGUCGUCUACGGCGGGGACGCCACCGCAGUCGACGCCGUCUACGACCGCCUCCGCUAGCAUUGGAGGUUCGAACGUCGAUUCCGUCAUUGGAACGACUGCCGAAUCAACGAAGCCCAUGAAAGAGAAGUCAUUGUCGGCGAAGAAACUCAAACAACCGCUUCCGUCGAAAAAAUUGCUCUCGAAAAAGAAUUCAAAGGCUGCAAAGAUAGACGGCGAGACCACCGAUCAAAUUUCCGGUUCGAAAAAAACCUCAACUACGAGCGCUUCGUCCACUACCGUGUCGUCGACGUCCGAUGAGAGCAUUGCUUCACCAAUUGCAUCGGUUGGAUCGGCGGUGGCCGUUUCUCCCGAAAGCAUCAAAACGACAUCAAAAGGCUCUGGCGCCGAGGCGGCUACUACUCCGGAGAGUCUGACUACGUCGACGACAACGACCGCGACCACUACAACAACAACUACUACUACCACGACAACGUCGUCACCGCCUCCACCGCCGCUCUCUACAACAAUCGGUGUUCCUCCAGUGCACACAAGCGAAUCUUCUUCGAGCGUGAUUUCAUCGCAAACGAGUCCAACUGCGUCAAAACCCACAACGGAAAGCAUCUACAGUGCGCCCGAAUCAACAACCACCGACGAUGACGCUGAAGUUGGACCCGAGUGUAUUUCAAAAAUGUCACUCGCAGCCGGCUUCAAGUAUUGGAGAGCGAAAAACAGGAACAUUCUUAAUCUGACGCUCGCUACCGACAACUUGAGUUGCAGCAUCUCGGCAGGACUCUCCGUUUCGUCUAACACGACCUCUCAUCUAGUCCUCGAUGCCCAAGUCGGCGAUCAGAUCAGGCUUUUCGUGGACGAAGUGGACGACGAUGCCGUGGUCACUCUACACCGAUCACAGGAAGAAGCCUUGACCGAAUGCGUGGAGCCCCCUCACGGCUCAGUCGUCUGGAACCGAAGCCAAAACUUCCUCAUUGAAGCAGAUUUGCUCACUCAGAGCGGCCUGCAGUUCUUCGCGGUGGCCGUGCAAUCGGACAGCGUCGUUCGCGUCUGGCAUAUUCGAAUUUCCGUUUACGACUCGGAAUGCGAUUCCCGUAAGGAGAGCGGUGAGCUCUGCUCCGGACGGGGAGUGUGCGCGCUCGCGCCGGGUGAGAGCACCUACACCUGCCAUUGCUGCCAGAACAUCAAAGGUCGCACCUGCGAUGAAUACGAUGCCUGUGCAGUGAAUCCGUGCAAGAACAAAGGAUUCUGCGUUGAUAUCAGCGAGGGAUUGCAUGGCAACCUCUAUCAAUGUCUCUGUCCUCAUGCCUUCCGAGGAACGAAUUGUGAGGAGAAUGCGGACUUCUGCGAAAUGCAUCAUCCCUGCAAGAACAAUGCCACCUGUGUGUCCGCACCUGCGAACGCCACUGGAACUCCUGAGUACGCGUGCGAAUGCCAAAGAGGUUUCGAAGGACCGAACUGCGAGGUGAACAUCGAUGAGUGUGAAUCCAAGCCUUGCGUGCACGGAAUGUGCGAAGACGGCGUGGGAGAAUUCAAGUGCUACUGUUUGCCGGGAUACGGUGGAGAACUUUGUGAAUUUGAAUACGACGAAUGCGAUUCCUCGCCCUGCGUCAAUAACGGCGCCUGUGAAGACCUCAUAGCCGGUUACAAGUGUCAUUGUGGACCAGGCUACAACGGGAGGCGUUGCGAAAUGAAGAUCGAUCUCUGCAAACCGAAUCCCUGUUCAGCUCCGGCUACGUGCAUCGACAGAGGGAACAACUACACAUGCGUUUGCCGAGGCUCUGGUUGCGCCACCAGAGACCAACAGGAUCCAUGCUACCCUAAUCCUUGUCAGCACGGCGGAUCCUGCUGGCCUAGCAUGGACACUUUCUAUUGCUCGUGUCCUCCGGGCUUCGCCGGAGACAAUUGCGAAGAAAUCGCCUACCCGCAAGCUAUCGCGGAACGUCGCGUAUACAAUCCGGACGAGAGUCGUCAACCCAGCUCCGAACGACUGCAUUCGAUCUACGUGGCCUGCGCGACCUUGGCCGGGGUUUGCGCUCUGGUCGCGCUCGUGGUGACAGUUUGUCAAUGCCGGAUCAGCAGCAAACUGCCGCCAGCUGAUCAGCUAGAUCCCGACUGCGAAAGACUGAAGAACAACUCGGGCCACUUCGCAGACGAGGGUCCACUCUUCAAGGGGACAAGUUAUGCCUACCCUGGCAGCGAUUCUAAUCAGCGCAACGUUUACUCAGUUUCCUCCAAGGACGUCCACCUGGAUUCAAUGCGGAUGCCCCUCCUGUUUCCGGAAUCGCCAAACCAUGGACACUAUUGA